UCUCUUUUCUUUUUCCUUAUUCUCUCUCAGUGUCGAUUCUUCUGCUUCUAAACAAUUUCCAAGUUUGUUUUCAUAACAAGAGUGUGUUGAGUAGUGGACUGUAAAUGAUGGGUAUAAUGAGAAACGGUGAUGGUGAAGAAGAAUACAUGAGGAGAAUAAUGGAGUGGGAUAAACCUCCAGGUGCAGCAAAACAGGAACAGCAACAACAAGUACAAGAGGAGGAGAAUAAUGGAGGAGUAAUUUAUGUUAAAGUUAUGACUGAUGAACAAAUUGAAGAUUUGAGGAAACAAAUUUCUGUUUAUGCCUCUAUCUGUGAACAACUUGUUCAGAUGCAUAAAGCCAUUACUGCUCAACAAGAUCUUUCAGGAAUGCGACUUGGAAAUCUGUAUUGUGAUCCAAUGAUGACAUCUGGUAGUCACAAGAUCACGACUAGGCAACGUUGGACUCCAACACCUAUUCAGCUACAAAUUCUUGAGCGUAUCUUUGAGCAAGGAAAUGGAACUCCAAGUAAACAAAAAAUCAAAGACAUUACCAGUGAAUUGACUCAACAUGGCCAAAUUGUAGAAACAAAUGUUUAUAAUUGGUUUCAGAAUAGGCGAGCACGAUCCAAACGAAAGCAACUGGGUAAUGCACCAAAUAAUGCAGAGUCGGAGGUUGAGACCGAGGUCGAGUCCCCUGAAGAAAAGAAGGCAAAAUCUGAUAGAACUUUCACACAUGAAAACUCAUCCAUGAGAAGAGUGGAAGAAGGAUGUUUCCACAAUUCUGAUCUGCAUUCAUUGGAUCCGCACUCUAAUAAAGCAGCAGAUUCUGUGUUUCCUUCUGACAGUGGAUCGAAGUCUUCUGGCAGUCUAGGUCAUGUAUCCUUUUACGAAAAUGUACUGUCAAACCCAAGAAUCGAUCAACUUAUGGGAAAGAUGGAAAUGCCUGGAAACUACAGUCCGUAUAGGCAUGGAGAAAACUAUGACCUGAUGUGAUGACAUUUGCAUCUUUAACGUCCAUGUUGUUGUUUAAUGACAGGAAUCCGAGCUGAUUAUGACUCGAGAUUGAUGGGCAAUAUAGAACAGUUAAAGCAGAAGGAUAAUCUUCUUGACAAAUAUAUGUGGUUUUAGGUUUGUUAUGUGUCUUGGUCUUUUUCUACUAAUCAUACAGAGACAAGUUAAGUAAGACUUUGUUUUGUUAAGUUUAAUAGUGGAGCUAUGCUGAUUAAGGCUUAUAAUGAUCAGAAUCUUCUGCCAGUUGUUUGUGCCUUACUUCAGAAUGUAACUCCUAGUUCAUAUACAUGGUUUUUCGCACAUGGACCAAAUGUGUGUUUUUAGAGGAUGUGAAGUAUAUUGAUGCUGUCAA